AUGGCAAGUUUAUCGAAAUCCGAUAUUGAAAAAUUGAUAAGAAACCGAGAUCCAUCUGUUUCAUAUGCUAAACCAAAAAAAGCGUUCAGUGAACAUUGGAACAAUUAUUCUCAAGUGUUUGUUAAUGGUAUUCCCCAACAUUAUAUAUGUUGUUCAAAUUGUGAAAACUUACUUGCAUGGAAAACUGGAGAUGGAUCAACUAAUUUAAAAAAACAUUCACAAUAUUGUCGUGAUAAAUCUCCAGGCAAUCAACAGUUAGUAACAAAGUUUAUGUCAAGUAACAAUGGAAAUAAUGAACGUUUGAUUCGAAUGAUUAAAAAAAAUUUAAUAACAGCAGCUGCUGAAUUUUGUGCUAUUGAUAAUCGACCAUUUUCUUUAAUUCAAGGUAAUGGUUUUCAACAUUUAGCUAAUGCAAUUUAUGGUGCUCGUCGUGCAUUGUCUGCAUUUAAUCCGAUUGAAUCACUUUUACCCGAUCGAACAACAAUCAGUCGUGAAAUUGAUAGAAUUUUUUUUGAAGAUCGUGCAAAAUUAAUUAAUUUAAUUCAAUCGGUAAAACAGUAUUUUAUUACCAUUGAUUUUUGGACAGAGCCAUAUACAAAAAUUGGUUAUGGUGGUUUAUCAAUUCAUUAUUUUGAUGAUAAAUUUGGUUUAAAUGUAUUUAUUUUAUGCUGCAAGGCAUACAAAUUACCAAAUCAACAAGCCAAUAAUGUCCGUCUUUUUACAGAAAAUAUUCUGCGAUCAUUUAGUUUGGAACUCGACAAGAAUACUUUUAUUGUAUGUGACAAUGAAAAUAAAAUGCGUGCUGCAUUUCGUCAUGGUGCUGUUCGUGUUGGUUGUUCAGCUCAUUUUUUAAAUAAGAUCGUUGAACAUUCAUUAACCUUGCCAACAAUUGGUUGUGAUGAUAUUCAAAUGAUGUUCAAUAAUGUUCAAGAUUUAGUUAGUUAUUUACGUCGUUCACAUAAUCAAUCUAAGUUAUCAAAGCGUUUACAAUUGUUCACAAAAACACGUUGGAAUUCAGGCUAUUCAAUGAUUUACAGUUUUAUUACAGUUUAUCCAGAAUUAUCUGGUGUUGUAAAAGAUCCAGAACAAAAACACAAAUUGGCUGCAAUUGAUUAUGAUGUUCUAUUGGAAUUUAGCAAUUAUUUUAAAUAUUUCGUCAAGGUGACAGAAGUAUUAUCAGCUGAUAAACAUCCAACUAUUCAUUUAGUAUUGCCGUUAAAACAAUGGUUAAUCAAUUUAUCAAAACCAAAUGCACAUGAUUCUGCUGCAAUUGCUUCUUUGAAAAAAUACAUGCAUCGUGAAAUUGCUUCAUAUUGGGAGCUUGAAGAUGUACACUUUAUGGCUGUCAUUUUACAACCAAAUUUCAAAUAUUUACAUGUAUGUCCAGCUGUUAAAGACAAAUGUUAUAAUUUAUUAAAUGAUGAAAUUGAACGACGUCGUGCAGAAUCACGAUCUUCAUAUGCAUCAAGUAGUUUGUCUUAUCCGACAACUACAUCACAACAAACAACAGAAGAAAAUGAUGCUGAUAUUAUUGAAUCAUGUUUUGAUCUUGAACAAUCUCAAACAAGACAACAACAUAUGAAUGAUGAAUUUGAAAGCUACUUGAAUGAAGAAACAAAAUUAAAACGAAAUGAUGAUUUAUUUCAAUAUUGGAUACAACGUCAACAAAAAUUUCCGAUAUUGUAUUCAAUAGCAAAAGAUAUUUUAACUAUACCAGCAACUAAUACGUGUGUAGAACGUUUAUUCUCAGCAAGUGGUGCAGCUGCUACUGAAUCACGUACACGUUUAAGUGCCGAUAAAUUAGAUAAAUUGAUGUUUUUGAAAAAAAAUCAUUUGGCUUUAAAAUUUAUUACAAAUUCAACAUCACCUGAAACAAAUACAACAGCAUCGGCAUCUUAUGAUGAAUUAUCAAUAAAUGAACGUUCCAAAGAUCUUUUGGAUCAUCAGAAAAACAAUACUAUUGAAGAACAAACUGAUGAAGCAAAUAAUGAUGAUGACUAUUUUUUUUAG